AUGAGCGGAGAUAGCAGAGGGUUACUAGAAGGCAACACGAAAGCUAGUAAACUCCUAAACGAUGAAUACAAGCAAGUUAAAGAGUUUGAUCAGGAAGAAGGCUGGGAGGAGAUUGGUGAGGAUAUCGUUAUAAUAGAUAGUACACCAAAUUUCAAGGAAUCAGUAAAAGAAUCAGAUGAUUUUCAGUUAAUUGGUUUAGACACAGAAACGCCGAUUUUUAGAGCUUCAAGUGCAUUUUAUAAACUAAAACCUGGUAAUUCUUUAAAUACGAACUUAAUUGUCGAUCAACAAUCAUCAUAUUCUACCCAUAACGUUUUAAGAGCAACUCCAAUUACUGUACAGAAUAAGGAAUCUAACGAUACAUAA